CAGUCAAGAUUAUAAAGUGAAACCAUACAUCAUCUUCCCUUCUUUGUCAGAUAUAAGAAACUCAUUAUUCGGGUAUAGAUCAGGUGGAUGGUCUCAUUAUAACCCUUUUUCCAAAUGUAAUAUCCCUAUGAAUGAUUAUUUACAAAAAUAUUUCUUCCAUCAUAGUUAUUCAAAUCAAAGAAGAACUAAUUCAAGCCAUACAAAAUUCAUACUCAUGUCAAGUGAUAAUUUUCAAACAUUGGAUUGGGUAUUAUUCACAAGUGCCAAUAUGAGUAAGCAGGCAUGGGGUACGACACCAACGAAGGAUACGAUCAAAUCACAGCGUCCUAUAUCUGCAGUAUCAAAUUAUGAAACUGGUGUUUUGAUAUCGCCAACUGAUUAUGGAUCUGGCAAAAAACUUGUACCAUUGGAGAUUGGUGAAGAAAGAAAAUUAAGUGAUGAUGAGAUUCCAAUUAUUCUACCAUUCAGAUUACCGCCUGAGCAGUAUAAAGCUGAUGAUCAGCCUUGGUGUAUGAAAAAUGCUUGUAAUUUGCCAGAUAUCUUGGGUGCUAUUCAUUUAGGCACAGAUUGAUGAAUACUUCUGUCGGGAUGAUUAUAG